GAUGGUAAUUUGGUCCAACCGUGUUUCCGUAGCUCGGACACAUUUCGCUCUGUGUUGUCGGUGAAAUCCUGAAGAUGGCCCCCAAGACCAUGGAGCCCAUGGCCAGAAGAAUAUUCAAAGGAGUUAUUCUUCUGGAGGUUGCUGGUGUGUUUGCAGCCUAUGGGCUGUUUCAUAAAAUGAACUCCAGCCAAGAUUUUAGAGGCACAAUGAACAAGUACUUCCCAUCAGUUCUUGAAGUUUUUUACAAGUCCAACGAGUGGUCUGGAAUUUAUGGCAUCCGGGAAGCAGAUCGGGAAGCGUGGUCUAAGCAAGAUUAAAGGCACACAGAUACACAAGAGGAUGUCAGACUGUUCAUUUCUUUUUGCCAGCAGUUCUUUUGGCUGGUUUGGCUUUUCCAAACUGUUUCCUUUUUUUAAACAUGGUCUUUUUCCUCCGGAGCGUCUUCACGUCGCGCCCUCGGAUCCAUUCGUCACGCUGGGCUUCCCAUUUCAGUUGUUUGACACCUGGAAGAGGAAAAAGAGAAGGACAAGUUUAGUCUGCUGCAGUAGAAAUAAGUACAGUGAAUAAAGUGAACGUAUGGAUAGGUACAGUGGUGAAUAAUGAGUGUCACUGAUGGUUGAUUAUUUAUAUGCUGACAGGCCCCCUGGAUGUCAGUCAGCAUUAAGUAACUUCACCCUUGUGGGGGGAGUUUGGCUAGCAUCUAGCCAAAUCAAUAAAUACAACUGUUUAAUCCA